AUUGUCACUUUUUGGCAGAAGCUGCGUUAUGUGACAGUGCGACUGAGGUCACCUCUCGGGGACCAAAAACCCUGCUGGCCUUGCGGCACUUUAUUCUCAUAUGCAUUAUCAUAUCAUGUGAGUCCCAGGAUUGUCUGAGCUCAGGAUUGUCCCAUCUGACCACACCGACCAGGACUGUGCCCGGGACCGCUACAGACACUGGACACAAAUACAAAGGGAAAGAUGACCGCAGGCGGACAAAACAAUUAUGCCGAUCCUCAAACAAAGAAUAGCGCGUCCUGCCGGAAUCCGUUCAAUAACAUCAAGGUCUUCGUGUUUUGCCAUGGACUUCUUCAGCUGUCGCAGCUCCUCCUGACCGGAUACCUGAGGAGCACCAUAUCGACCAUAGAGAAACGCUUCGGCAUGUCCAGUCAGACAUCAGGGAUUCUGUCAUCCUUCAAUGAGAUUGGAAAUACGAUUCUCAUUGUGUUUGUCAGUUACUUUGGCAGUCGGGUGCACCGGCCUCGCUUCAUUGGUUUCGGUGCUCUGGUUGUCUGUGUUGCUGGAUUCAUCAUGUGUCUACCUCACUUUAUAAUGGGACAGUAUGAGUAUGACAAGUCCCAUGCCAGUGUCUACAGCAACAUAACUGAUGUUUGCCAGCCUGACGUAUCCAAUCUGGACAACAGCAAUGACCAAUGUGUCCUAAAUAUGGGCAAAGAGAACAGAAAUGUUCUAUCCAUCCUCUUCAUCGGCCAGAUCCUGCUCGGUAUAGGUGGAGUGCCUAUCCAGCCGUUUGGAAUAUCGUAUAUUGAUGAUUACGCCAGUAAGAGGAACUCGCCUCUAUACAUAGGAAUACUCUUUGCGGUGACGGUGAUGGGGCCUGGGGUCGCCUUCAUCCUUGGAUCGGCCAUGCUGCGUUACUACGUCGACAUAGACAAGAUCCCAGCCAACGAGAUUGUGCUCACCCCGAGUGACCCUCGCUGGAUCGGAGCCUGGUGGAUGGGCUUCAUUGUGGCGGCCAGUGUCGUGGCCAUGGCCUCCAUCCCGUAUUUCUUCUUCCCCAGAGAGAUGCGGCAAGAGCAGGUCACCAGUGAGGGCGCAGAGGAUAGCAAACCUGGACUGAUGGAUGCCUUUAAAAAUAAACCAGAUCCAAAGGAACAGGUCUCUCUGGGCAAGUUUAUCAAAGUCUUCCCCAAAGUUUUGCUCAGGACCUUGAAGAACCCGAUUUACUUAUUGGUGGUCAUGGCUCAAGCAAACCUCUCGGCCAUGGUGUGCGGACUGGCGACCUUCAUGGCCAAGUUCCUAGAGAGACAGUUCACCAUCACGGCAUCCUUAGCCAACCUAUUGAUUGGUUCAGUGAACAUCCCUGGAGCCAUGGCCGGUAUAGUUGUGGGUGGAGUGAUCAUGAAGAGGUUCCAGUUAUCGCCUAGGCAGUGUGGAGCCAUGUGCGUUAUCGGCAUGUUGUGCUGCAUCCUCUUCGCUUUCCCACUGCUCUUCCUCGGAUGUUCCACCCAGCAGUUCGCCAGUACGAACGCCGACCCGAACAUCAGUGGUGGAUUGUGGCACAACGUAAGUGAAUGCAGCAGCCAUUGUGGAUGUUCUGCCACAGCUUUCAACCCUAUCUGCGGCUCUGACGGCAUUGAGUACAUCUCGCCCUGCUAUGCCGCCUGUGAAGUCGUUAAUUUUGAUUAUGAGGCGAAUAAAGUCAUGAAUUACACAAGGUGUCGCUGUAUCACAGCGGAAGGUUCUGGAGGGACUGCGACUCCAGGAACAUGUGGAACUAGAUGCCAGCACCUCUUCCUGCCAUUCAUGGUGCUGUCCUUUCUAGCCGGAGCCCUCGCCAGCAUUGCCCAGACACCGUCCUUUAUGCUCAUACUCAGGAGUGUGCAACCAGCAGACAAGUCUCUGGCCAUCGGAAUACAGUUCAUGCUUCUAAGAAUAUUAGCCUGGCUCCCGGGCCCUGUGAUGUAUGGCAGUAUGAUUGAUAGCACCUGCAUCCAAUGGGGGAAGAGGUGCGGAUCGAAGGCGGCCUGCCAGUACUACAAUAACAAUCUGCUGAGACAAAGGUACAUUGGACUCCAGAUCCUCUUUGAGAUUGGAGCUUUGAUCUUGUUCAUCGCUCUUUAUUUUGUAAUACGCCACAAAGACAAUGUUCAACAAGAAGCUGAAAAAGACCCAGAAUCCCACAAGUUAAGUGAGAAAAAGGCAACGGUAAAAAUCUGAACCAGCUACAAAAUCUGCAUAUUUCAGAUCUUUGUAGACCUUCCAUUGCUGGUGGUUUAGUCCGCACAUACCAAAGACUUUGAACCCUUGAGCGGGCAAACGCCUCCUUCUCCAUGACAAUAACUAUUGCACAAUAUCUUGGAGAGAUAUCAGAAGCCGGUUAAGAUAUCAACCAAUGCCUCUUGGCAGGCUUUCUGUGGAUUUCAGGUUCUACCAGCUGAACAGGAAUAUUAUAUUAGCUGAUAAUUAGAAAAAGAAUCUGAUGGACACUCUCCAACUCCAUCAGGACCAAAACCAACCAAAUAAAUGUUGCUUAAAACCUGGUUCUGUGAGAUGCACCAAAAUGAUAUAAACGACCCAACGUAGGCCAAUUACUAAGCUUUAAGAAUCAAGUUUAUUUUAUUAACUUGUGCCAUCAUUCUUUGUAUCUCUUUAUUUAUAUCUCUAUACAGGGAAAAUCCUGUGAUGAAAUAUUUCUAUUGAAUGCCAGGAGUGACGUGAAUGGCUUCAAGCACCUAAUGUGAAUUCAGGGAUCAGUAAGCACCUAUAAUAUAUGACUGGUUUCUCAAUUUGGUUACAUUCCCACGACCCUAAGAGAUAUCUUGGUGGUCUUGGUAGAGUGUUUGCCGCUCUCCGGUCAGGGUAAAUUGACUUUGCAGGUGUCCUUGCUCCUGAUUUCCUUCAUGCUGCUGCUAAUGGACAGGAUUGUGGAAACCACAGAUCAUCAAAGAAUUAUAAGAAGUGCAAUUAUACUGCUGUUUUCCAUUUUCGUGCCCAACCAUUCUCUGACUUGUACAACAAAUUUACAAAGUGGAUGGAUCCAAUCUAAAGGCUAGACCAAUGUUCAGAAGAAUACUUUACCAGAAAAUGUAUGAAAAAGGUCACACACUUUAUGGCCUACACACUUAUCAAUUAUGUGUAAAUGUAUUCAAAU